CGGCAGCCGUCACUCGAAGCUGCGCCCCUCCUGCGGCCAGCCGGUCGGGCUCAGGUUGUAUCUUCCCUGGCCUCGGAGACCUGUCCACCUGGCGCCGAAGCAAGACUGAUGAAAACUUCGUUUGAUCUUGCUCUGAAAACUGUCAUUCAGGAACCACUGAGACAGAUGUGGAAUGUCUUUAGAGAUGACUAUGAGAAUCAUGUAGAAACACAUAAUAGUCCAUUCAAAGAGAGCAAGCCCCGGAGUUCACUAUUUCCAGAAAUUGUAUACUGAAGUGUAAUGCUACAUGAGUCAGAGAAAGGAAAGGACCCUGAGCCAUAUGGCCUGAUUGUUGGCAAUGACACUGUUGAGAGGCUGGCAUUUAUUUCUGUUCUAACCAGCUACUUUAUAACUUUGAAUAGUAACUAUGCAUAUAUGUUGGUCAGCAAAACCAAGGAACGAGAGCUAUGGCAGUUGACAAAGUCAAGCUGAUUCCUGGGUAUCUUUCCUGGGUUCCACCAUCAGGGGCCUCUUCCCUUCCAUCUCAUCAACAAUGUGGUACCUUUUACUAUUUGAUAAAGAUUAAGGACCUGUUCUUUGGUCAACAAUCAGAACUUAAAAUCUGCUGGAGUAGGGUCAGAGACCAUUUCAGUCACAGCUGAGGAAAAUGAAAUUUCCGUUCUAUUUGGUGCCUUGUCCAGGGAGCGCACUAACUCUUUCGGAAACACGGGGGUGAGAGGAGGUUGCGUCUCGUCUGACAGCGACUCGUGGUUAUGGCGAGUGACCCAACGUGACCCGCAGGGGCAGGAGCCACAGAGGAACUCACGACGGGCUACACCAUGUUGCGGAAUGGGGGCGUGGGCAACGGAGGUCAGACCUGCGUGCUGCGGUGGUCCAACCGCAUCCGGCUCACGUGGCUCAGCUUCACGCUGUUCAUCAUCCUGGUGUUCUUCCCCCUAAUCGCCCACUAUUAUCUCACCACCCUGGACGAAGCGGAUGAGGCCGGCAAGCGGAUCUUUGGCCCACGGGCUGGUAACGAGCUCUGCGAGGUGAAGCACGUGCUGGAUCUCUGCCGCAUUCGAGAGUCCGUAAGUGAAGAGCUGUUGCAGCUGGAAGCCAAGCGGCAAGAGCUGAACAGUGAAAUCGCCAAGCUGAACCUGAAGAUCGAGGCCUGUAAGAAGAGCAUUGAGAAUGCCAAGCAGGACCUGCUUCAGCUCAAGAACGUCAUCAGCCAGACCGAGCACUCUUACAAAGAGCUGAUGGCCCAAAACCAGCCCAAACUCUCUCUGCCCAUCCGACUCCUCCCAGAGAAGGACGAUAUCGGCCUCCCUCCCCCAAAGGCCCUGCGGAGCUGCCGGCUGCACAACUGUUUUGAUUAUUCUCGUUGCCCUCUCACCUCUGGUUUCCCGGUCUAUGUUUAUGACAGUGACCAGUUUGCCUUUGGCAGCUACCUGGAUCCCUUGGUCAAGCAGGCUUUUCAGGCCACAGCACGAGCCAACGUUUAUGUUACGGAAAAUGCAGAUAUUGCCUGCCUUUAUGUGAUCCUAGUGGGGGAAAUGCAGGAGCCGGGAGUGCUGCGGCCUGCUGACCUGGAGAAGCAGCUGUACUCCCUACCACACUGGCGGACAGACGGACACAACCACGUCAUCAUCAAUCUGUCUCGGAAGUCGGACACCCAGAAUUUACUGUACAAUGUCAGUACGGGCCGGGCCAUGGUGGCCCAGUCCACCUUCUAUGCUGCCCAGUACCGGCCCGGCUUUGACUUGGUGGUGUCGCCGCUAGUCCACGCCAUGUCAGAGCCCAACUUCAUGGACAUCCCACCACAGGUGCCGGUGAAGCGGAAAUAUCUCUUCACCUUCCAGGGUGAGAAGAUCGAGUCGCUGAGAUCCAGCCUUCAGGAGGCCCGCUCCUUUGAGGAGGAGAUGGAGGGUGACCCUCCAGCCGACUACGAUGAUCGUAUCAUCGCCACCCUCAAGGCAGUGCAGGACAGCAAACUAGAUCAGGUCCUGGUAGAAUUCACCUGCAAAAACCAGCCUAAACCCAGUCUGCCUACUGAGUGGGCGCUGUGUGGGGAGCGGGAAGACCGCUUAGAGUUACUGAAGCUCUCCACCUUUGCCCUCAUUAUCACUCCCGGGGACCCUCGCUUGGUUAUUUCCUCUGGCUGUGCCACACGGCUCUUCGAAGCCCUGGAGGUCGGUGCUGUCCCGGUUGUGCUGGGGGAGCACGUGCAGCUUCCUUACCAGGACGUGCUGCAGUGGAGCGAGGCCGCCCUGCUGGUGCCCAAGCCGCGCGUGACCGAGGUCCACUUCCUACUACGGAGCCUCUCGGACAGUGACCUCCUGGCCAUGAGGCGGCAAGGCCGCUUCCUCUGGGAGACUUACUUCUCCACCUCGGACAGUAUUUUCAGUACCGUGCUGGCUGUGAUUAGGACUCGCAUCCAGAUCCCAGCCGCUCCCAUCCGGGAAGAGGCGGCGGCCGAGAUCCCCCAUCGCUCAGGCAAGGCAGCCGGCACCGACCCCAACAUGGCCGACAACGGGGACUUGGACCUGGGGCCCGUGGAGACGGAGCCGCCCUACGCCUCCCCCAAGUACCUCCGCAACUUCACCUUGACCGUCACGGACUUCUAUCGCAGCUGGAACUCUGCGCCAGGACCUUUCCAUCUUUUCCCCCACACACCGUUUGACCCUGUGCUGCCCUCAGAGGCCAAAUUCUUGGGCUCCGGGACUGGCUUUCGGCCUAUUGGUGGCGGGGCCGGGGGCUCCGGCAAGGAGUUCCAGGCCUCGCUGGGCGGCAACGUGCCGCGGGAGCAGUUCACGGUCGUGAUGCUGACCUACGAGCGGGAGGAGGUGCUCAUGAACUCGCUCGAGAGGCUGAACGGCCUCCCUUACCUGAACAAGGUCGUGGUGGUGUGGAAUUCUCCCAGGCUGCCCUCAGAGGACCUCCUGUGGCCUGACAUUGGCGUCCCCAUCAUGGUGGUCCGUACUGAGAAGAACAGUUUGAACAAUCGAUUCCUGCCCUGGAAUGAAAUCGAGACAGAGGCCAUCCUGUCUAUCGAUGAUGACGCUCACCUCCGCCACGAUGAAAUCAUGUUUGGCUUUCGGGUGUGGAGAGAAGCACGGGACCGCAUUGUGGGUUUCCCUGGCCGUUACCAUGCGUGGGACAUCCCUCAUCAGUCCUGGCUCUACAAUUCCAACUACUCCUGUGAGCUGUCCAUGGUGCUGACAGGUGCUGCCUUCUUCCACAAGUAUUAUGCCUACCUGUAUUCUUACGUGAUGCCCCAGGCCAUCCGGGAUAUGGUGGACGAAUACAUCAACUGUGAGGACAUCGCCAUGAACUUCCUCGUCUCCCACAUCACUCGGAAGCCCCCCAUCAAGGUGACGUCACGGUGGACUUUCCGAUGCCCAGGCUGCCCUCAGGCUCUGUCACACGACGAUUCCCACUUUCACGAGCGGCACAAGUGUAUCAACUUCUUUGUCAAGGUGUACGGCUACAUGCCCCUGCUGUACACACAGUUCCGCGUGGACUCUGUGCUCUUCAAGACCCGCCUGCCCCACGACAAGACCAAGUGCUUCAAGUUCAUCUAGGGGCGUUGCGCACAUGGGGGAGGAUGAGCAGAGUGAGGGAGGCAGCUGCUGAGGUCGCUAGACGUGGAAGGACCUCGGGGAGGCCCACCGGGUGGGCGGCCCAGACCCUCUGCUGGGAGGGCCGGCAGGGCGAGUGCGAGGGACAGAGCUGCCUUGCUCUUGAAAUCAGCCACACUGGCCAGAGCCCUGGUCCCAGGACGCCAGGGCUCCGACACAGGGCACUGGUGAUAGCUUACACUGAGGGCCACAGGGACCCUGGAGAGUCACUCAUGCAGUUCAUAAGCCCAGGGCAGCUGGUUUGCGGUUUUUAAUUCACUAACAACUACUAUUAUUAUUUAAAAAGAAAGUUUCAGAUUUGCCAUUCGAGGCUUAUUUAUAUACAUGUGUAUAUAUAUACACAUAUGUGUGUGUAUAUACAUGUGCGUGUAUAUGUAUAUAUGCACACAUACAUAUACAUAUAUAUAUACAUAGCUGAGGGGAGUUCGGCAUUUCUGCCCAUCUCACAAAGUGAGGGACGCACUACGGUCGUCUGUAUUUUGGUGGAGAUGGAUCCUGGCCUUCUGGUAUCUGGCUCAUCUUUACAGAUCUAUCUCCGUCCUCCCCAGGGGCAUCUAUCUGUGUGCAGAAACAAGAAAGGGCUGGGCGUGGCCCUGUUACAGGGCCUUGCCCAGGAUAAGACCUGUUGCCAGCCAGGGCUCUGUAGCUCGAGGUGUGGGGUCUGCACCUUUGGGGGUAGUGGAGCCUCCCUGCACAGGACGUGGUGGGUUUGAGGACUCCCUGCUGGGUCGUGCUGUUUGGGUACUCGGCCCAGCUCUCUCCCUGCCCCCUGUUUGAGAGAGAAGACAGGAAGGACCGAGACCUGCGGACAGACCCCCAAAUGGCUUUUUGUUCGACCCUCCUUUGAAAGACAUGUUGUGCUUUGGCUACAGACUUGCCUGCAGGUUCUCUCCCAUACGAGGACAGCAGCCUGGUGGGCUGCACUUCAGCUGUGGUCUGAGUGGUUUGCAGGCCGGCCUACUCUCUGCCGCAGAGCAAGCGAGUAUCCUUUGAUCCCCACCCGGCUGGCCGGGGAGUCGCAGCAAGGCACCUGCCUUGGGAUAAUACCUUGGUGAAAUUCACCUUCCCCGACCCCUGUCUGGACCCACAUCCUAAAGUUAUUGGAUCCCUCACGCCGGGUUGGUUCCGGGACCCCCUGAGGUUUGCUUUGUGUCAGAAUGAUGGGAGGAUAGGAUUUGUUAGGUGAAGCUCGAACCCAGCCUGAAAUUUAAUCGGCAUUCACACCCCACAUUACCACGUUCCGCUCUGGGUUUAAAUUUCUGUUUCCUGGGCUGAAAUAGAAGCUAAUUUUUCUGUGUGUGGUGGCGGCAGCACUGGGGGAACCAGAGGGCGUCAGUGGCUGUUGGCAGGGCUUUAGCCCGUGGCCUCUACCGUAUUUCUGGUCCCCACUUUCCUCCAGUGAGGUCGAAUCUAGGAGGUUCCCCACAACUGACUGAACAAAGGCUCAGCUUUGUCCUGGGCACGUACAUGCCUUAAGCCAGCUCCGUCUUCCCCUGACCUUGACGUCCUGUGCUCCUGUGUCCAGGGGGCACAUCGUCCUCUGACCUGCCUGCCCCAGGUGGGUUCUCUUCAAGUAUCAUUUUGAAGCCAGGCUCUGUCCUGUGGGUAACACCCACCUGUAGGGCUGCCUGACCUAAGGGACUCUCCCCGUCGGUGGACAGGACCGGGGCUCCGUCCUCCGGACAUUCCCACUGGCAUCUUCCUGUGGUUCCCCUGCUGAGGCAGCUACCUAGGAAAUGGAGCUCUGCUGCUCAGCAGCCCAGCGAAGGGGUCCAGACCCCCUGCUUCCUAACUUUCUAACUCCUUUGACCUUGGACUUUAUUCUUUUUAGCAGUAGCCUUCUUCCCUUUGGGAAGCCAAAGAGUGUGGUGUUUUGAGCUAUAAAUGUGGCUGCUAUUUUUAUCUUGUCUCUUUUAAUGUGAGGAGCUCCUAGACUGCCUCUGAGCGGGCCUGGUGAGAAAGGAGCCGUGUCAGGAUCCCCCGCACUGGAGCCAGAGCGCGGGGUCCCUGAGCGCUGGCGGCAGAUCGGGAGCAGCUGGUACCGAGGCUGUGGAUGACGUCACGGGGCACUGUAGGGGGGGUGGUGAUGUCAGAGCACAGACGAGGGUGGCACUGUUUGGACCUGAACAGGACACUGACUUGAAGGACUCCAGACAGCAGUCUCUGGUGGACACUGGCCACGUUCGUAAAGGACCCUCCUCGUGGUGAGAGGGAGGGCGGUGGGAGCUUUCGGAGGCUUGGUUGGUUCUCCAGGAGAAUGGCCGCUGCGUUUUGCAAGGCGGGUCAGGUAGAGGCCCAGGUCCAGGCCUCGAAUGCCUUUGAUGCCGAUCGGUCACCUUGGGAAGCCCAGAUGUCACCUGCACCACCUGAUUGACUCACCUGGAGCACGGGACAGCCCUGCAGAUGCACGUGGGCCUCCUCGGCUGUCCCGUGAACCCCCGCUGCCGUCUUCGUUCCCCGGGCCCGGCGCGUCUUUGCUCUCCAGCUGGCCAGUUUGCUCUUCACUGAGAGGCGCCCACGUGAGGGGGAGCCCCCAAGGUGCUCGUCAGGCCUUGCUGGGCUCUUGCACCUGUGCUGUGUCCUCCGCCUGUGUGGCCCGCACCUCAAGCCAGGGUCCGUGCACUGGGCAUGCAGGGGUGGUCCCCUUGGGAGCGGCCUGCCUGUGUGUGUGCUCUGGGAGCUCCUGUUUGCAGUGCUGGCGUUUGAAGGGGGAAGCGCUCUGAUACUCAUGCCAUGUCCAUCCACCCCACCCCUUUUCCAGUCAUGAGCACAAUGGUCUUACGUUGGAUUUUUGUAAAAAAAUAAA